GUCGGAGAAUGGAGGGCGCGCGCAGUCCCGCGGCAGGGCCAGUUACUGGAACCUGCCAGCCCCACCCCGCGCGGGAAGAGGGGCCGCCGCUUUCGCCAUGAAGGAACCAGAGACAGUUAAUGAAUCUACAGAAGAGGACUCAAUUCAUUUUAAUGUUGGUGGCUGGCAUUUCUCUAUUCCUAAAAGUAAAAUUGCUCAGUUUCCAGAAUCCCUGCUUUGGAAAGAAUCUUCUGCCCUGGUUCCAUCUGAAAACCCAAGACUAUUCAUUGACAGAGAUGGAUUCACAUUUAGACACGUCCAUUAUUAUCUACAUACCUCAAAGUUGUCUUUUUCCAGCUGUGCUGAAUUGAAUUUGUUGUAUGAACAAGCAUUAAUUUUGCAGCUGACACCUUUAUUGCAGACUUUAGACAAUUUGAAGGAAGGGAAACACAAUCUGCGUGUGCGACCUGCAGAUAUACCAAUAGCUGAAAGAGCAUCCAUGAAUUACUGGAGAACGCAAAAAUGUAUCAGCAAGCCAUCAGAGUUUCCCAUUAAAAGUCCAGCAUUUACAGGAUUACAUGAUAAAGCUCCCUUGGGGUUGAUGGAUACACCAUUACUUGAUACAGAAGAGGAAGUGCAUUACUGUUUUCUGCCAUUAGACUUGGUGGGAAAGUACCCUACUUUAGUCAAUGAUGAUAAUUUGCUGUGGCUCCUGGAGAAUGCAGCUCUGAUAGAGUGUGAAUGCAGUGAGUUCCGUUUCAUAGUAAAUUUUCUUCGCUCAGAGAAGAUUUUGUUGCCUGAUAAUUUCUCCAACAUAGAUGUUUUGGAAGCAGAAGUUGUAACUUUGGGAAUUCCUAACCUUACAAAUGCAGUGAAGCUUUAUAGGGGAAAUUGCUCUAUGCUGACCUCUAACCUUGAAGAUUCUAUGAAGGGUAUAGUAAACAAGAUGCUGGAUGUUCAGGUAGUCGUGAGGCCCCCUUUGUAUGUUAUGGCACUUGGUGUCUUAGUAAAAUACCCCGAUUCAGCACUUGGACAGCUCCAUAUAGAAAGUACUUUAGACCGAAACCAGCUGUACAUCUCUGGGAAUGGAGUCCUCUUUCAACAUGUCAAGAACUGGCUAGGAACUUGCCGCCUCCCACUUACUGAAAAUAUGUCUGAAAUCCAUGAACUCUGUGCUUACUUGGACAAAAGGGACAUCACAUAUGAACCAAUGAAAGAUGCUUUGAAAUCAUAUCUGAAACAAAAGAUACCUGCAGAGACUAAGGGACACGAUGAAGACUGGACAGCAGAAGUAAGAGUCCACUCCCUACAUCAGAUUGUGAAAAUUUAUGUAGGAAACCAUUGGUAUGAAACAUACUUACAAACCUUGCUGAAGUGUCCAGAGCUCCUGUCAAACUGCAAAAAAGUUUAUUGGAUUACAUAUGGUCAGAGCCUCCUAAUCCAUGGAGAUGGGCAAAUAUUUCGACACAUUCUCAACUUCCUUAGACUUGGCAAGCUGUUUUUACCAUCUGAAUUUAAAGAAUGGUCUCUAUUUUGUCAAGAAGCAGAGGAGUACAGAAUUCCUUCUCUUUUUGAAGCACUUUAUCAGUGUGAUGGAUACAGAUUGUGGGUCAAAAAACAUGAAACUUACGAUGAAGCCUCUUUUCCAUUUAGAAGAUUAAAUAUUGUGACUUGGGAUAAGGCGCGUGAGUUCAGCAAAGACCCAAAAGAAGAACAUUGCUACACUGCUGUGGAUUUCAGUAACUGGUGUGUUAAUACCUGGAGUAAAAUAAAAGACAUGCAGGGUAGCAAAGGAGAGAAUGAGAAGUAUACCAGAAUGAUUUCACAGAGCAGAGGGACAAAACGAAGGAAUAAAUCUGGAGGAUAUCAUCAGUCUACAGACUUCGGGGGAAAUUCCAGCUACUGUAAACAUUCCGCAAGCCCUCCAAGGAAGAAAGGGGAAAGAGGGAAUUUAGCAAAAAAAUCAGAAAAUAGAAACUCAGCCACUCCCAUUCAGAAAUUGAUUUCCCUGGUAAAGGAAUGGGACAUGGUGAACUCCAGAAGAUGUGAAUGCCAGCAUGUGACCAUAUCCAACAGUAACCUUGCAGAUAAUGUACCUUGUCAGGAAACACUUGAAAAUGGGGGUCUCAUCAAAGAUCCUGCUGGCAGGUCUCCUGGGAAAAUAAGUCAGACAGUUCAGGAAAACGACCAGACUAUUCAAGCUGCAUUCAGUGCUGAAGAGAAACAUUCGGAACAAUACACAUUCAAACAGAAUUUGCCAGUUACCCUAACUGCUGAAAAACACAGAUUCAGCACCAUAAGGGAGAUUUACCCAAUGGAAAAAACUGCAGCCUUCAAAGAGUGGAGGGGCUCGGAGCCAACAGGAAAAGAUCCUCAACCAACCUUUCCCUGGCUAAAGCAGCUUGAAACGGGCAUGUUCGGUGUGGGGAUGAGCGGUGGCACUUGCCCAGAAACAACCAUCAAUGACCAAACCAACAUGGUAACCCAAGAAUUUAAUAAUGUAGGAUUCAUCCUUAAAGUCGAACAUCCUCCAGUUGUAGGCAGUGAUGGCUCUUGCACUUGGCAUGAAGAGAGUGUUGUUUACAGUGCUGGCAUCAAACCUGCUAAUGCAAACAGUCAACCAGUGGCUAGAGAUGUAGUUUUCCUAAGUUUUUCUUUGGCACGGGAAGAGAUAUUUUAUGCCAGGAAGUGCCAUUGUUUUCUGACUGACAUCAUCCUGAAUUCCAUCAGGCAGAAGGAUGCCAGAGAGAUCACAGCCAAAGUUGUGAGGCUUGUGCACAGGCUUUGGACCCAACAGAUCACACCAAAGGAGUUUGUUGCUGAUGUCUUGAACACAAAACCUUUUAACGAUGAUAGACACGUUUGUGAAAAGCUACUUCGAUGGGUGGAAUUUACGCUGCCAUUUGCAUGGAAGUACAGCCACUGCAUUGAUUUGCUGCUGAAGAAAGGGUAUUCCAAAUCCAUAGCAUAUUUUGGCUUGGGAAAAUAAGU